CGUUCCAUUUUUAAUUUAAGACGAAUACAAUCGACCUUAUGACUUCACGAGCAAAAAUGUGCAGUGACCCUUCAGAAAAAAUAUCUGGAAUAGUGUAGAAGCUUCUUAUUUCUCUUAUCAAAAAUCAACCGACGAACAUCCUAGAUUAGCCUCGAAUUUGAUAGCUUUGUGGGGAAUAUCGUCGAAUACUCUGAGAACAUCCUAGAUUACACUCCAAUUACAUUAAGUUUCUUGGUUCAUCAUCGCCUAUAAAUAUCACGACAUCUUCUCUCAUUGGUCAUCAGCAAAUUAUUAAACGCUACAAUCAAAGAAAAAUUCAAGCUCUGUAAUAGUUCAUCUUUUGUCUUCUUCAAACGACAAAGUCCCCAAAAAAUGUCUCUGAUUCCAAGCUUCUUCGGUGGUCGCAGGAGCAACAUCUUCGACCCAUUCUCCCUCGACUUAUGGGAUCCGUUCGAAGGCUUCCCAAUUUCAAGCACAAUCGCCAACACCCCCUCCUCUGCUCGUGAAACCUCUGCUUUCGCAAAUGCAAGAAUCGAUUGGAAAGAGACCCCACAAGCGCACAUCUUCAAAGUAGACGUUCCGGGGAUCAAGAGAGAGGAAGUGAAAGUCGAAGUUGAAGAAGGAAGGAUACUACAGAUAAGCGGUGAGAGGAGCAGAGAGCAAGAGGAGAAGAAUGAUCAGUGGCACCGUAUGGAGAGGAGCAGUGGCAAGUUUUUGAGGAGAUUUAGGCUGCCGGAGAAUACGAAAACAGGGGAAAUUAAGGCAGCUAUGGAGGAUGGAGUGCUCACUGUAACUGUUCCGAAAGAAGAGGAGAAGAAACCUGAGGUCAAGGCAAUUGACAUAUCUGGUUAAACAAGUGCAUGCAGAUCAGCUGUUUUUGUUGAAAGUCCUUUGUCUAUUGUGUUUGGUGUAAUCUGAAUUGUGUGUGUGUAAUUAUCUAAGUUGUGGGUCUUGGCUUUGUAGUUGUAAACAAGAAAUUGUUGUAUGAGCUUGAUUAAUGAAUAAUUUCCUUUACAUUUAUUUAA